CCCGCCUUCUCACACAGUCGCACCAAUCAUUUCUUUGCAAUCUGCAGCCUCUGCAAACUGAUCGCGUUGCUGGUUGCUGGUAAUCAUCGGACCAGUCCACAGAUAUCGGAAGCUCUCUUGCUACUGAUGGCGAAGCCCAGCGUGGCGGUGCCGGAGGUUGGCGUACCAGCGGCGCAGGCGUCGUGCACCUGCCCGGGGACGCUGCUCGCGUACCCGCCGCCGCGUGGCGCCGGGGUCGCGGCCGCCGUGCGGCGCAAGUGCCUGCAGGUGGAGCUCGGCGCGGGGGCGGGCCUGCUGGGCGGCGCCGGCGCCUGGGGCGUGGAGUCCAUGCGGGCGUCGUCGCCCACGCACGCCAGGGCCGCGGCCGCGCUCGCCGCCGGCGGCGGCGUCGAUGUCGACGUCGACGAGGAGCGCGCCGCCAGCUGGAUGGCGCGGCACCCGUCGGCGCUGGGCAGGUUCGAGCGGAUCGUGGCGGCGGCCGAGGGCAAGCGGAUCGUCAUGUUCCUGGACUACGACGGCACGCUGUCGCCCAUCGUGGACGACCCCGACGCCGCCUUCAUGAGCGAGACGGCUUUUGUUGGUUUGGCUGGCGAGAAGCAGAUGCGGAUGGCCGUGCGUAGCGUCGCCAAGCAUUUCCCGACGGCGAUCGUGAGCGGCCGGUGCCGCGACAAGCAUGCAGGUGUUCGAGUUCGUGAAGCUGGCAGAGCUCUACUACGCCGGCAGCCACGGCAUGGACAUCAAGGGUCCGGCGGCCGCCAAGGCCUCCUCUUCUUCUCGGCACGCCGCAAAGGCAAAAGGAGUAGUGUUCCAGCCGGCCAGCGAGUUCCUGCCCAUGAUAGAGGAGGUGCACGAGCGCCUGGUACAGACGACGCGCUGCAUACCGGGGGCCAAGGUGGAGAACAACAGGUUCUGCGUCUCCGUCCACUUCAGACGCGUCGACGAAAAGAUGUGGGGCGAGCUGUCAGAGUCGGUGAGGGGCGUGCUGCGGGGGUACCCGAAGCUGCGGCUGACGCACGGGCGGAUGGUGCUGGAGGUGCGGCCCAGCAUCAAGUGGGACAAGGGCAAGGCCCUGGAGUUCCUGCUCGAGUCGCUCGGCUUCGCGGACUGCAGCAGCGUGCUGCCCGUGUACAUCGGCGACGACCGCACCGACGAGGACGCCUUCAAGGUCCUGCGGCGCCGCGGCCAGGACCAGGGCGUCGGCAUCCUCGUGUCCAAGCACCCCAAGGAGACGAGCGCCUCCUACUCGCUCCAAGGCCCCGCAGAGGUGCGUGCGUGAGCGUGACCCACCAAAAGCAUCCGUUUCGAUCCCGUGUCUACGUCCUCGUCUCCCUCUCUCCGCGGCCCCGCACAGUGUGCCCUGGACCACCACCAGCACGGCACCACUACCGGUGGCCGGCGGUGGGGUUGCGGCCGAUCUCACGUCCGUUUCGGUCGUCCUGUGCAAUUACCGCCAAUUCGCCUACUCCGCCGCCGCGUUGCUGACGUUGCCUAGCUUGUGGAUGUGCGCAGGUGAUGGAGUUCUUGCUGCGGCUUGUCGAGUGGAAGCGCCUCUCCAGGGCCAGGCUCAGGCUGCAAUGAGAUGAGACGGCGCAACUGCCGUACGUGGACACGUACGACGAUGCAACGGAUUAAGCUAACUGCCAAGUGCCAGUUAAUUAAGUUAAGAUCCUGCCUGCUACGUGGAAUCGUGAACGGCACUGUCUCUCUACUGUCCCCCCGUAGUGAUCAGCAUGCAUGUACAUCGUUGUCUCAUACAGUACUAGCUAGUUAGUACUAAGCAUGCCUGUUACAUAUAUAUAGCUUCAUGUGAAUGUGUUGUACUGAUGUGUGAUCUUAAAAGUAUGCUGAUGAACGGUGUGAUAUUUUUUUAAUCCA